CGAACACUAGGGUUUACGGCCCGCUCUUCUCUGAUAUAAAUGGCAGCAAGUCUCCCACCCCACGAACCCUCACGCCGCCGCCGCAGUUGUCUUCGGUCUCCCGUGCUUCCUCCCUUCGAGAGAUCAAGUUGCUGUUGCGGUAGUUUCCCCAACUGUCACCAUGCAGAACGAGGAGGGUAAGAUGGUGGACCUCUACGUCCCCAGGAAGUGCUCGGCCACCAACAGGAUUAUCACUGCCAAGGACCAUGCCUCUGUGCAGAUCAACAUUGGCCACGUGGAUGCCAAUGGCCUCUACGACGGUCACUUCACCACGUUUGCUCUCUCUGGGUUUGUCCGUGCUCAGGGUGACGCAGACAGCUCCUUGGACAGGCUGUGGCAGAAGAAGAAGGCUGAGAUCAAGCAGUAGAUCUUACAUGUAGUUUACCAAGAAUUGGACACUUUGAGGGACCCUGCAUAAGCUAUGUUUUGAUUUCAUAUCACCAUAUGCAAUGUUGUGAUUUCAGUUGGUAUCUUAAAUCUAAAGACUUGGUAUCUUUGCUGGAUCAUUCUGAGUUCGAUGUGUGUGUGGUUCCUUCAAUUUUCUUUUAUGCAGUGCCAUUUAGUUCU